AUGCGCAAGGAAGGGAUACAACAGGCUCUGGAUUUCCAGAAGGUCUUCUCUAUAAAAACUCUAAAGAGGAAGCUAGUGAGAAUAAAACACAUUCAUCUCCAACCACCUGUCAAAUCUGCUCUCACCCAAGAAAGGAGAGAAAUCUGUUUCUUUCUGGGAAGUUCCCUAGAAGUGCAGGCAGUGAUCCCCACCCAAUGUGGGAUUGGAGCCAGGAUCACUUGGUGGGAUGUUGUAGCCUGCCGGCCUGGAGAGCCUGGUCCCAAUUGGUGGGACCGGAAGUGCUCUGUGCUGCAGGCUUCCCUGCAGAAGAUGCCUCUCCUCUCACUCUGGAAACAGGUGGCUCCGCCUCUCUUCUCAAUACUCAAUGUGAAUCACCGGCAACAGACUACCUUGUACAUGUCCAUUCUGGAGAGAUUUCUCCUAGCUAUGGAGCCGGUCUACGUGGCAUUAAACCUUAGGGAUGAAUUGCACAGGGCACUAUCUUAUCCUGAUGAUGUUGUGGUAAUCCUCACUCUGGCCCAGGUUGGGAGAAUUGUAGAAAAUUCAGAGGCUGUUACUGAGGUUCUCGAUAGUCCUGAAUUACUGAAGGAAAUAAUUUAUUGCAUUGGUGCAGAAAAAUUGUCUGUAGCAAAAGUGGCCAUCAAGUCACUGUCAAGAAUAUCCUUAACUCAAGCUGGAUUGGAGUCAUUAUUUGAAAGCAGACUGCUAGAUGAUUUGAAAAAUGUAAUGAAAAUAAGUGACAUUGUAUGGUACAGGGUCUGUGAGCUAAUUAUGGAGAUUGAGUCUGUGUCACCAGAAUCCUUAAAAUACUGUACCAACAGCAGAUUAGUAACCCAGCUCAUUAGAGAGCUGACUGGUGAUGAUGUGCUAGUCAGAACCACUUGUAUGGAAAUGGUGAUAUCAUUGGCAUACACUCAUCGACGACAGUACGUUUCCCAAGAAGGAAUAAUUGAUCAAAUUUCUAAUAUCAUCAUUGGGGCAGAUUCAGAUCCUUUCUCCAGUUUCUAUUUGCCAGGAUUUGUCAAAUUUUUUGGCAACCUGGCAAUAGCGGAUAGCCCUCAACACAUCUGUGAACAAUACCCAGUCUUUGUAGAAAAAGUCUUUGAAAUGGCAGGUCAGAAACCCAUCAUGAUAGGAGUAGCAGUGGACACCCUAGGGAUCCUGGGCUCAAAUUUGGAAGGAAAACAGGUUUUGCAACAAAACGGAAGUCAGUUUGAACACCUGCUAAAGAAAAUAGGACAUCAGGCAAAGAAUGCUUCAACAGAAAUAAAAUUUAGGUGUUUGGAUGCAAUUUCAUCUCUUCUUCAUUUACCAUUUGAUCAACAGACUGAUGAUCUCCUAAGAAUGACAGAAUUCUGGUUCUUGUCUUUAACUUGGGAACCACUGGAACAUUUUAGGGGGAUCAGCACCCAACCUUUUCCUAAAUUGCAUUGUGCUGCAUUAAAAGCAUUCAUAGCCAUUGCAAAUCAAUCCUGGGCUCAGAAACUUAUGCUUAACAGUGCAGGGGUUCUGGAAUACAUUGCAGAUUGGUCUGUGGAACAUAACAAAACUUCAAAAGAUGCCAACUAUGAACUAGUAAAAGCCCUCACAAACUAGAAAACAACUGCAGAAAUCUUUGGAAACCAAUACUAUUUAAGACAAAGAGCUUACUUGAAUGAAGACCCAUACUUUGUGGAGUCUGUUUUAACUACAGCUGUGGAAGGAGCAGAAUGA